AUGGAUUUCUCGGGUUCACUGGGCUUUCACCAGCCUCCAUGUGAUGCCGAGCGAGAGAGAAUCCGAGAGCUGUCAAGAUAUUAUUGCGCUUUGGAUCGACCGUUGCCACUGGACCCUGUCGCCGAGAGUGAGCGAUCGCAAGAUGGCGCCCCUCAACAAGACGAACAGCCACGAGCCUGCGAUAUCUCGGCCGACAUUACGCUGAAUGCGCUGGCACAACUCGGAACGCACCGUCUUCAGUGUAACCGAUCCUUCAUCUCCCUCGUCGACGGGUCGAACCAGCACAUCAUCGCCGAGGCGACGAAAUCGGUCUCGCUGCGAAAUAAAGACUCUCACCUGCCUGACGAUGAUAUUUAUCUGGGAGUGCGGUCGCUCGAUUUGGAAUGGGGAUUAUGUCCUCACACGAUCCGUCUGUUUACCGGUCAAGACCUGUCCUACACCAUUGAUUCCGACAACAUCACCGCCAGCCGAACCAGAUAUAUUAUCCGCGAUCUGACCAAGGAAGACUGCUUCAAGGAUCGACCAUAUGUUCAAGAAUGGCCCCAUUUUCGAUUCUACGCCGAAGUGCCCCUCAAGAGUCCGUCCGGGGUGGUCCUCGGUACAUAUUGUGUUAUCGAUGAUAAGCCAAGAGAACGAGCUGAUUUCAGCGACCACGAAGUUGACACCCUGCAAGAGCUCGCCGAUGCUAUUGUGCAUCAUUUGGAAAAUGUGCGAGUGGUCAAUUGCCAUCGUCGGUCAGAACGCUUGGUUGAAGGCUUGACCAAUUUUGUCAAGGACUACUCAGACUUCGAUCCCCGCGAGGCUUCCAGUGGGCGUCGACUGGAAUCGACCUCGUUAGCCUCCAAUGCAGACAUGCCUAUGUCGCUUGACGGGGUCAAAGUCACCGACGCCGGUGUCGUCUCAGCAUCUUCAGCAUCCAGCCGCACAGAACACACAUCUGUUGCUUUCUUCAAUAGUCCACUCCCCGAGUCUACUGAGCCCUCUUCACUCGACUCAGACCAGUCCGUUUCGAUAUCGAGCCCAGGAGAAGAAAGGCCGAUGGAUGAUGUACAAAAUCCAGGUGGCCCCGGUGAUCUCAAAUCUAUGAACAACAACGCUUCGUUGGUUUCUCUUGUAGACAGCAUUCCCAUUUCCGAUCGCAUCACGUCAAUUUUUUCCCGCGCCAGUGUCUUGCUUCGGGAUUCGAUGGACCUUGAUGGCGUUGCUUUCCUUGAUGCUGCCCGAAGCAACCCGUCUUUCCAAGUUUCCGUGGAGCAUGCCAGCUGGGAGCCGCUACCGAAAUCCGUGUCGCCAGUGUCAACCGGAACUGCGCCAUUUCCAGUUACCCCAUCUCUUAGCCCGCUGGGGCUAUCGGGCUCAACCUCGGAAGAUCUCCACGCAUCGUGCGAUAUUCUUAGCUCUGCUUUGAAAAAAAAAUCACCGGGCGAUGCCGCUCCCACCAUUGAUAUUGACGUUACAGAAGAGUUGUUAAGCCAAUUGAUCGCCUUCUUUCCUCAAGGCCAGAUCUUUACCUCGUCCGACUCUGCCGAAACUGAUGAUUACCUGGCUUUCGGAAGCGCCAUCAGCUCUGGAGCUCGAUCAAAGAAGAUCCAAACAAUCUCUCUACGGGUCAUGAAGCUUGUUCCUGGGGCCGAUUCGGUUUUAUUCCUUCCUCUAUGGGACUAUCACAAGUCUCGCUGGAUGGCAGGGACAUUGGUCUGGGCUCGCGACUCUCACCGGGUUCUAGGUAUGGAGGAACUCCAUUACUUCAAAGUCUUUGGUGAUUCUAUUGUGUCUGAGGUCUCCCGGGUGCAUUGGAUGACUACUGAAAAGUCCAAGUUCGACUUCAUCUCAUCUGUCAGCCACGAGCUGCGCUCGCCGUUGCACGGAAUUCUGGCCAGUGCGGAGCUGCUGCAUGCCACACCUCUCCAACCGGCACAGGAAGAAAUGAUUAAAAUGAUUGAGACAUCCGGUUUGACCUUGUUAGAUACCACUGAUCAUUUGCUAAAAAGUCUAGGGGGAAAGCGCAACCGGGAGACUUCAAGUCUUGUGUCCGAUUUUGACCUGGGCCAUCUAGUCGAGGAAGUAACAAAUAUUUUGUAUACUGGUCAGAGAGCACCCAGAAUGUCUGGUCGUGAUAUCGUCAGGUUUUCGCCUAGAAUAGAUGAGGCCAAAUCAGGUGGAACUUGUGCCCAGGACAUGUCGCUGGUCGUCCGCAUCGAGCAGUCCCAAUCUUGGAUGGUUCGCUCUCUACCUGGAGCAUGGCGACGCAUCGUCAUGAAUCUGCUAGGAAACGCUCUCAAGUGGACGAAAUCCGGGUUCGUUGAGGUCUCACUUUCGGUAGCGAGUCCAGACAAAUCGCAAAGCUUUAUCGCCCAUCUGUCAAUCACCGAUACCGGCAGUGGAAUUGCGCCGGAUUUCCUUCGACACAAGCUUUUCUCCCCGUUUGCUCAAGAAGAUUCGUUGGUAGAAGGCGUUGGGUUGGGUUUGAGCAUUGUUCGCCAGCUUGUUACCUCCCUCAAUGGCACUGUCAAUGUGAGAAGUGAGUUAGGUAUUGGCACUCAAGUUGAUGUCUUUAUUCCUGUUCAGGAUCCUGAUGGUUCGAUUCCGCCUCAACUGCUCUUGGAAAAACAUGCCGUUGGCACCGAUGGAAUCAAUGUGCCAUUCCAGGCAUGUCUGGUUGCAUUCAACGGAUAUCCGGAUCUGAAUGAGGUUCCCACGGGAGUCUUGUCCGUCGAUGCUAAGCGGAAAAUUUCGAUACAGAGUACUCUUGCCGAUGUCUUCAUGUCCCAGUUCGGAUGGAGUGUAUCUUUGGCGGAGUCCCUCGAGGAGGCGCAAGGUGAUGUUGUGGUUCUCGAGGAGGCAGUCCUCAAUGCAGCUGCCGAAGGCUCCUCGUGCCUUGAAAUAAUCAAGGCCAUGGAAGCUAAGUUCAAGUAUUUUGUCAUUCUUGGCAGCAAGAGCAUGCAAACGACGUAUGCGCCAACUGUCAUCUGGGUGACUCAACCAUUCGGUCCACAGAAAAUUCAGACUGCUGUACGGAGAGCUUUGGAGCUUCAUCAAACACCAGCAGAGUCUGAAUCUGCUCCUACUUUGACUCCGAUGACUACCUCAGACGACGCAUUAUCAACUCCUCCUCCGAGCUCCCCUCCUGAAGAAGAAGAAGGAGAAAUCACACCAAAGGCAUUGACUGAAGCAAAAUCACAAGGUGCGGCGGUUGUCGAGUCACCAACUGUACCUACCCCACAGCCUAAAGCCAAUCAUGUGCUCAUUGUUGAUGACAACGACAUCAACCUCAAGAUCAUGGCGACAUUCAUCCGCAAAAUCGGCUGCAGCUACGAAACAGCAUCCAACGGUUUAAUCGCCCUGGAGAAAUACAUGGCAUCCAGCCAACAAUUCAACUUCGUCCUAAUGGACAUAUCGAUGCCCGUGAUGGACGGCCUAGUCUCAACCAGCAAAAUCCGCCAAUAUGAAAAAGAAAAACGUCUCAGGCCAUCCUGCAUCAUGGCCGUGACUGGCGUUGCUUCAGAAUCAAUGCAGCAACAGGCCCAAAAAGCAGGAACAAACCAAUACCUAAUCAAACCCCUCUCUCCUCCAUGA